CAGUUCGUGAAAAUUAUUUAAAAUAUUGAUAAGAGUGCUAAUAACAACACAGUGUGCAGUUUUGAUUUCGAUGGAAAUUCACAGGGCAGGAUUUUCCUUGUUCAAUUUUUUGGUUCUAAUUUCCAAAUGUUUUUCCGAGAGCGAACCUGUCGUUACACUUCCUUUCGGAAAAAUUCGUGGAAUCCACGCAGAUGGGAAUUAUAAAUUUCACAACAUUCCUUUCGCAGAACCUCCAGUUGGCAAACACAGAUUCGAACCACCCAUACCAUAUAAACAAAACUGGGAUAAAGAAUUGGACGGUACCCAACCAAUAAUCAAGUGCAUUAACUUUGAGAAAGACAUGGAAACCCAAGGCAAUGAAGAUUGUCUCUACUUGCAUGUAGCCACUCCAGAUAUUAGUUGUGAAAAACUUUAUCCAGUACGAAUACAAAUCCAUCCUGGAGCUUAUGCUGGUGGUUCUCCAGACAAUGUCGAAAUAUCAAUGAUAUUAAAUCGUGGAAUAGUCAUUGUCACAAUGGGUUAUCGUUUAGGACCUUUAGGUUUCCUUAGUACUGGGGACAAAGUGAUCUCUGGAAACAAUGGUUUAAAAGAUCAACAACUCGCAAUCAUGUGGGUAAAAGCUAAUAUUAAGAAUUUCUGCGGUGAUGACAACAAUAUUCUACUUGCCGGAGUUUCAGCAGGUGGCGCUUGUACACAUAUGCAUCUUUUGCACAAAUCCACAGAAAAAUAUGUAAAUGCAGUGGAAUCACACAAUGGUGCAGCGACUAAUCCAUGGGGCCUAGAACCUGAUCCCAAAUGGCUCAGCAAAACAUAUGCCAAUUUGCUCAAUUGCCCAAGUGAUUCUUCAGAGUCAAUGAAGGCUUGUUUUCAAGGAAAAACCAUAGACGAACUGCGGCAGUCCAUGUUUGCCUUGAAAUACUAUGAAAAUAAUCCAUUUACGGUUUUUGUACCUGUUGUCGAGUCGUCAGAUAGUGAAAAUCCGUUUAUUACACAACAUCCUGACGAGAUAAUGCGCAACGGACAGGCUGCUAAUUUAACAUGGUUCGUCGGUUAUACUGAACGAGAAGGUACUUACAAUUCGGCUGCAUUUCUACGUCUUAAUAAAGAUGGUGUCGCUGAGAUAGAAAUGUUAAAUAAUCAUUGGGACGAAAUGGCACCUAUAUUGAUGUUUUUCAAUCGAUCUAUGAAGGCAGAGGAACGUGUUAAAUAUUCCAAGUUUUUAAAGGACAAAUUUUUGGGUAAAAACAAAUUUUCUGUGGAAAACUAUCGACUUUUAGAAAAUAUGUACACUGACGCUUUAUUCAACGAUGAAAUCAAGAAAUCGAUACUUUUACACCGAAAGUACGGACCGGGUAGGGUUUAUGCUUACUUUUACAAAUAUCCACAUAAAUACGGUGUUGGAAACUUGAUUUCCCAAAGAAAUGACAUCAGUUUUGGCGCUGAUCAUUCAGCUGACACAAUUUUUAUAAUUCCAAAAAAGAAUCUAAAGCAAAAAGAAUUUUCAGACAAAGAUAAAAAAUUCUCUGGGAAAUUACUUGAUAUGCACAUCAACUGGGCAAAUACGGGAGUUUUAAGGUUCGGAGAGAAAGAUCUGCCUUUAAGUACUCCAACGGAUGAUGCAAUUAUGAUUUUCAAUGAGAAUUGUUAUUCAGUAGAUGGAUGCACUGGGGAAUCAGAGGGUGGAUGUAGUUGUUAUCCUUAUGAUUAAUAAUAUUUCGAAAUUAAUUUUGUGCAUUAGGUUUUUGAAUAAUAGGUACCAAUCACUUAU